CAAGCCAUCCAGUCUUCGAUGUACCUAGACGCUAAUAAUCAAUAGGCAUGCAUUCGGUGCAGAGCGCGAAAGGCCCGAUGUGAUGGUGGGACACCUGAGUGCUCGUCCUGCAAGACGAACGGUGUCAAUUGCAACUACCCAGCUACCCGCAAGACCCGUGGACCGGCAAAGAAAAAGAGGGCAUUUGAGGGCGUUCAAGAGACAUCCCAAGAGACCGGUGAUUUAGUCCCUGCAGAGGUGAUUAAUGAACGGCCAAUGCUACCAGAAAGCGCGACAGUACUACAUGGCAACCCAAGGGCACCUGUGCCAAUCUUCACUGGCUUCUUGCAUCCUGAUGUGUACGACAAGAACUUCAAAUAUCUAAAGGAGCGUAUUAGUGACGAUGCCACUGGACACCGGCCCACGCCUCUAUUUCCUAUCCUGAUAUCAAAACGGCUGACGGCAAACGCCUUCGACGACGUGAUGUCAGAGUAUCAGAUCAUUGAUAAGCCGAAGUUCGUUGCCCUCCUUGAAGCGCAAUACGCUCUAAGCCUUGUCGACCACGCUGGCGACCCCGCAAGAUGGGCGAUGGUGAACGCUAUCCUCGCCCUUGCAUUACGGGUUAAAAUAGCCCCUGGCUCGGAACAAACACUUAGAGCAUUCCCGUGCAGCUUCUAUCGAAAUGCGGUGGCUGUUCUACCUGAACUCAUCUUACAGAGAUCAAAUUUGCUCGCAGUACAAGCACUCCAAGCAAUGGCUGUCUAUGCACGGGAAACACAGGAUUAUCAGGCCUUCGCUAUGCUAGCUAGCAAUGCUUUACACUUACUAGAGCUUCUAGGACCCUUGCACCUAUCAUCCCACCAGGGGCUAAAUGAGGAGGAUAGAAGGCAGUAUGCGAAUGCAUAUGUCAUUACACAGGUAUUCAAGAAGGUAACGAAUGCGCGUUAGGCUUCAAGCACAUCUCAGAACUAGCCGGAAUAGCUCGUCCUCUCUAGUAACAAAAUAAGUAGUUUCUAUGGCUUCUGCAAAGCUACAAGGGUGAAAUGGUGUAUAUGGUCUCGUGCUACAUCGGGUACAAAGUUAACUUUAACUUAUUCUAUCAUAGAUUUAAC